GCGUCCUCUACUGUGAAAAGAAGGUUAAUUAUUUUUUAUAGAUAAUGUUGUUUUGUUGAAUUUCACUCCAUUCCAUUGACGAUGUUUAUGUAGAUUUGCUUUUUAUUCAAAGAAAAUAUUUAUUUUUUGUCUCCGAUAAAAAGAAAAAAAAACCGAAAUAUCAAAAUAAGCUAAAAGAAAAAGGAAAAUGCGCAGAACACUAAGCGGAAGUCAGAUAGAACCGCAGCCAAGAACCUCUUUGCCGGUUACACAAAGUGAUUCUCAACUAAUGGAAACUGCAGAGAAGGCAUCCCAAAAACAAGCUAAGGAAAUACCAUACAACUCAAUAUUUGAUUUACCGGACGAAGUGUUCUUAAAGAAUUUUAUCGACGAAGUUCGCAACGAAAAACCCUUCCUAACAGAUAGCUACACUCUAAGUGACAGAAGAAGAAAAGCAAUGAACAGACGAAAUGCUGAAGAAACGCAAGGCUAUAUAUUUAUGUUUGAAACGGAUAAGUAUGGUCCACGGGUGAUAACUCUUCUGCCUAAAAUACCGGAAAUAGCUUCUGAAAAAUCGAUCAAGUAUCAUGAAUGAUUGGCAUUAAAGUAUGAAGAAUAAAGAUGGAAAAUGAA